AUGGACACGAAACUCCAGAGACGGAGCACCAUCUCGGUGCAAUCAGUGACUCCGUCUUCUUUGCGCCACUGCUCCUAUCCAUCUCCAGCUACUUCUCCUUCGAAGGAACCCCUCUCCUUGUCGCGGAGUCACAUUACAUCUAUCCCUCCGAAGCCUCUUGCCCUAGCCCGAGUCAAGGGGUCUGUCAACAUGGAUUCCUCCUCGCAGAUGGGUUCAGAGAUGUCAUGGUUGAAUGACGCAUCGCCCAUAUCAAUGACACCCCGAACUGCAACACCUCGCACGCCUCAGCUAUCGAGAGCCGGAUCGCCUGAACCGGAAACCACUGCAACAUUGGUUAAUCCUUCUUCGGCUUUGUUGCAAGAUUUGUUGAAAGAGCAGCGCGCAACGCGAAGUACCAAAGGAGGAUCGGACGAAUUGAAACCAUGCAAUCCUCAAACACCGGAACGGUCUCAUCGCAAAAACAAGUCUCCAUCCCAGUCACCGGUGCAAUCACAGGCGCAGUCUCGAACUCAGUCAUGGGAAGAAGCUGGCUCCGAAAAACAGCGUAGAGUCCACAGUGUGGCCUCGUCAGGCACUAGACAGCCGAAUGAUAUGGGUGUUAGAGAGAUGGGUGAGUAUGUCUCAAAACUCAACAAGCAGAACUUCGACUUGAAGCUGGAAAUUUUCCAUCGUGUACAGCAGGUGACGGCAUUGGAGAAGAAGCUAGUGAAAAUGGAGGAGAUGGAGGAAGAGCUCCAGCGCCUGCGCUCCUUGGAAGAGGAAGUGCAGGAGCUUCGAGAGGCGGAGGCUGAUAACCAGCGGUUGCGGGAAUCAAACGAGGAAUUGAGGCAGGAAAUCGACAGGCGCGACCAGGCAAUAACAGAAGCAGUCAGCAUGAUAUGCGUUCUCGAAAACAAGGUCAACGAAUUGCGAGGUGGUGAAGAUUCAUCCAGACCGUCGACGGCUCGGCCAGAUGAAGAUAUUGCAACCCCAAAGGCGAAACCCACUGUUCAAAUUCCGGAGAGAAUCUCGUCGAAGCGCGGUACCAUUUUCUCGGAAUCUCGCCGAGGCUCCUCCGCAUCCCAUCAUCUUGAACGUGCCCCGUCAUUCUUGCGUGACGAUAAGAAAGGCGCAGCGGCGCUUCGGAGUUUAUACGAUGCGCCUGAGGAUCAAUCCCAUACGGCCAUGAGCGAAAUCACCAAGUCGGAAAGCUUGCAGUCGAUGACUGACACACUUGACCUAGGUUCGCCGAGACUCAGUGCUCUCAGUGAAUGCAGUGAGCUGUUCCCCCUGGGUCCAGAUGGUGACGACGGGUUCGACCAGCUGGAGAUACCUGUCAUCCGAAAGGAAUCGGCAGUACAUGGCUCACAGACCUCUGACGUUGCGAGCUCCCAAAGCAGAGACCUCAUUGAAUCCUGGGUCCGACCACCACACGAUGUUUUUGUGGAUGAUGUUCCUCGCCGUAGCAUGCAGUCUUCCCUUCCGAAGGGACCCAAGAAGACGAGUUUCGACAGCGACUCUUACGGCUCCAGUCUCAAGACACGCAUCGACAGCGUGUUCGGAACGGCAAGACUACCACCCACACCUGAUACCAUGAGCACAGCAUACGCUGCGUGUCCGAGCCGCUCUAAUGGGAGCAUUAUUGCAGAGAAGAGCCAAUAUGAUCAGGGUGUUGCCAUGGGAUUCCGGCUCCGGCGCCCGCGCUCCGUUGAUGAAUUAACAACCAUGAGAAGCUCGUGUCAUAGUGUCGGUAGUGACAAUCUGACAGCGAAUGUCAGUGAUGCUCCGGCGCCAUCCCAGAGCACGGCUGGAGGGGACGUGACUCCGACUUUGUUUCCGUUGAAUUGCAUCACUUCUAGGGAUGACCGGCUGUUUGACCGGGAUUCCCAUGAGAAGGCCAACUUUGGCUACUACAGUGGCAAUGUGCUGUACAACGAAGAUAGCUUGGAAAGGGUCCUCUCCAAGAUAGAUAACAAACACUAUCAAAGAAAGCCAUCCAGGUCGAUUGAGGAGCUUUCAGCCACACUAUCGUCCUCGCCGCCAUUGACCCCUCAAGAUUGGGUUGAAGCAGCCAAGCCUGCUCCUCAGGUAGAGAAAGAGCAGCCUGAGUUGACACAUCUGGAGCCUAUUGCGUUGAAUCCUCGUCUGUUCGUUGCACGCGCACCCAGCCAGGCUUCUUUUCUUGGCCGCAGACAUAGUAUCGACUCGAGCUUCAGAGAACCUGAUAUCCCCAGCAUUCCCACGCUUGACUUGCAGUCUCUAGAGCCCGGACCACCGCCGGAGCAAGACACGGAGCGUCGUAAGCGCAUCAGUCUACGGCCCCUGUUCGGUCGCUCAGGAAGCGCUCGUCGUUUUCAAAUGUCACCAUUUGACGACCAGACGGAUAGUGAUCAGGGAGCACCUGCGCCAGUCAUACAUAAAACGCGCAACAAUGCCCCACCCAGGCCGUCUAGAGCCAAGUUAAACUCAGAGGGCCCUCGUGACCUUUCCGCUUCCAUGCCCACCUACGCCGACGGGAUGGCGGACCAGGCUCGCCGGACUCUUCCUCAUUCAUUCACUGACUCGUCAUUUACAACAAACCCGGCGCUCAAACCGUUGACCGCUAGCAUCAAAGACCACAAGCGACGGAGUUCCCUUGGACUCUUCGGCUGGAUGAAAGGCUCCAGCAAGAAGCCCGAGCCCCAUUCACCCGCCAAGCAUGCCAUGCCCCCCAGUGGGAUCUUGAAAGACAGACCCACGCGCAUGGCCCAGGAAUUUGGGGAGCGCAAGCCUCAAGAGUCUGCCGGGAAUGCCAACGUGCCCACGGUGAGCUUUGCGCUGGAGACUAAAUCCAGAGGUUCCGUUCGUUCCGACGAGGACGAUCCAACACGACGGCCGCGAUAUAUGGACCGAAAGUCUCGUCGAGGCUGA